UCUGCUUCCCUCUCCCAGGCCCUCUCCCAGGCCCUCGCCGCUCCCAGCGUCGGAAAGAAACAUUCCCAAUGAAGACCUUGAGUUCUGAGGAUAUUUACAGAGAGGAAGUUUGGAGAUCAACCAUGAAUCCCAAGGCAGAGGAGAAGAGGAAGCAGCGCCAUAGCUUGACUUUAUUGGAGCAAGUAAAGCGAAUGAAGGAAUCAACACAGAUAAUCGAUGUGGUGCUGGUUGCAGAAGGUGAGAAAUUCCCCUGCCAUAAGGUGGUGCUGGCUGCCUUCAGUGCCUAUUUCAAAGCCAUGUUCACGUGUGGCUUGGCAGAGUGCGUGCAGAGGGAAGUGGUGCUGCACGACGUCUCUGCCGAGAGCGUGUCGGUGAUCCUGCACUACAUGUACAGCGCGGAGCUGCGCCUCACCAACCACAACGUGCAGACUGUCGCCCUCGCUGCCUACUUCAUGCAGAUGGAAGAGGUUUGCAGUGCGUGUCAGAAGUACAUGAUGGACCAUAUGGAUGCUUCCAACUGCUUGGGCAUCUACUAUUUCGCAAACCACAUUGGGGCAGAAGACUUAUGUGACCAAGCGAGGAAAUACGUGUAUCAGCAUUUUGCUGAGGUGAGCUUGCAGGAAGAAAUACUAGAGAUCGAAUUCCAGCAGCUGAUGAAUCUGAUCAAAUCAGAUGAUCUGAAUAUUUCCAGGGAGGAGAGCAUUCUGGACCUCGUCAUUAGAUGGGUCAAGCACAGCAGAGAGUCACGUUUAGAACAUCUGGUUGAGCUCCUCAAGCAAGUGCGACUGGUACUCGUCAGCCCCUCUUUUCUUGUGGAAGCCCGGAAAAGGAACACAAUUAUUCUGUGCAAUUCAGAAUGCAAUGAUAUGUUUGAGGAAGCACUGAAAACCAUCCAGCUCUCCAGCCACCCUUCCCUCAGCCUGCGAUACGGCAUGGAGACUACGGACCUCCUGCUCUGCAUUGGCAACAACUCCCAAGGCAUCAGGUCCAGGCACGGCAGCUAUGCAGAUGCCAGCUUUUGUUACGCACCUGCCACACGAAAGACUUACUUCAUUUCCUCCCCAAAGUAUGGAGAGGGCUUAGGAUGUGUUUGCACUGGUGUUGUUACUGAGAAAAAUGAUAUCAUUGUGGCAGGCGAGGCAAGCGCCGUCAAAAUGUCUAGACAAAGGACCAGGAACAUUGAAAUUUAUAGGUACCACCAGCGAGGAAACCACUUUUGGCACAGUCUGUGCACCACAAAGCUUCGUGAGCUCUACGCACUGGGCACUGCCCACAACGACCUCUAUGUAAUAGGAGGGCAAAUGAAAGUGAAAAACCAGUACCUGGUCACAAACUGUGUGGAGAAGUAUUCCAUGGAGCAAGGCACCUGGAGAAGCACGGCCCCUCUGCCAGUUCCAUUGGCCUGCCACAUGGUGGUGACAGUGAAGGACAAGCUGUACGUGCUAGGAGGAUGGACACCACAGAUGGAUCUGCCUGACGAGGAGCCGGAUCGAUUAAGUAACAGAACGUUUCAGUACGACCCGGGCCAAGACAAAUGGGUGGAAAAAGCUCCAAUGAAGUUCUCCAAGUACCGCUUCAGCACAGCCGUAGUCAACGGGGAGAUUUAUGUCUUGGGAGGAAUUGGGUGCCUUGGUUAUGACAGAGGACAGACACGGAAAUGCCUUGAUGCAGUGGAGAUUUAUAACCCUGAUGGAGACUUUUGGAGGGAUGGACCCCCUAUGCCUUCUCCCCUCCUCUCCUUGCGGACAAACUCUACCAGUGCAGGCUCUGUGGAAGGGAAGCUGUACCUCUGUGGAGGAUUUCAUGGAGCAGCUCGUCAUGAAGUUAUCACCAAAGAGAUCCUUGAGCUGGAUACGUGGGAGAACCAGUGGAACGUGGUGGCCACCGAUGUCCUCAUGCACGACAGUUACGAUGUUUGCCUCGUUGCUCGGCUGAACACGCGGGAUCUUAUCCCUCCUCCUCCAGAUUUAGUAGGCUAUCAUCUGCCAAGGAUGGAAUUGAAACAACCAUGAACUUCAGCAGUAAAAAUCAGUGACUGGUUCCUAAAAUUGCAACCCCUCUGGUCAUCAAGUGCAGUUGAAGGUGUAAGAUCAAGGAGGCAAACUCUGAUUUAAUAAGUUUUUAAACAAACUCAGUAGAAAGUUCUUCCAAUAAAUAACCAUCCAAUAUUAGAAACUAUUUGACAUUUGUUGUUACUGUGAAAUAAAGGUAAUUUUGUUCUCAUUUCUCUACAAGGCUCUUAAGGCAGCUGGAAGCAAUGCUCUUGAGCAUCCAUUAAGGGCUUCCUUGUGGAAUCCAGGUUCUGUAACUGUAUCUAUUGAUUUUGCACUUUUUUUUUUUUUUUUAAAGGAGGAUUGUUUUAAAGGAAUGUUUUUUGAUCUUUGGUCUUUGCUCUGUGGUCUAUUCCCUGCAGUUCUUGUGCUUUAAAGCCUGGUCUAAUCUAGUGGAUUUGACUCUCCAAAAGACAUCUAUUUGGAAUAUUUAAAGAGAAGAAGGGAAAUAAUUGCAACCUUUCAUUGCUAAUAUUUGACCAUGUAUGUGAAACUCAGCUGGCACUCUUCAAUUAAACUUUUAUUUCAGUAGU